AUGAAGACCUUCACCGCCGUCGUCCUCGCUGCCAUCGCUGCCGUCGCCAUUGCUGCUCCUGUUGCCCAGCAAGAUCCCGCCGCUCCUGUCACCGCUGAUCCCAUCCCUGUCAACACCCUGUGGCAGCAGUGCACUGGUGCUGCCGAAUCUGUCCGCAACAACUGCCUGGCUAGUAGCUCUGGCCUUAGCUCGACCUGCCAGACUACCUACAACAAUGCCGUCGCCGCCUGCAACUCGGCUCAUCCCUCAAGUCUCUCUAAGUAA